UGUAUUUCGCCCUCGGUGUCAUUUCGGAGAAGACCUACGGGAGUGAGUGAGUGAGUGACAGCGUGACGUUUAACGUGGCGGCGUGACGUCAGCGUGUCGCGUCACACGGCGUCUCGCGACGCGGCGGAGCGGCCAGAAGCGGCUCAGGAGCGGCUCAGGAGCGGCUCAGGGCGUCACAUGCUGCUCCGCGGUGGGGCCCGUCCGCGUGAGACUCGCUGUGGACUACUACUCCUCCCCGGAGCAGACCAAGCAGGGGUCCAUGGAGGAGCUGGAGCCGGAGGAGCAGUUCCUCCGAUUCGCCCGGAACGGAGAUCUGCCGGGAAUUCAGAGGCUCCUCAUGUCCACGAUCAGGGAGGAGACGCACAUCAACAUCAACUGCAGAGGGAAGAGAAAGGCUAAUCUGGGAUGGACGCCUCUUCACCUGGCCUGCUACUUCGGACACAAAGAUGUGGUGGAGGAAUUACUGAAGGCAGGUGCAGACGUUAACUUGCCCAAUAACGUCGGAGACACGCCGCUGCACAAAGCGGCCUUCACGGGGAGGAAGGAGGUCGUCAUGCUGCUGCUGCGCUACGACGCGAGCGCCGCCGUCAUCAACGGGACGGCUCAGAUUCCCAAGGACGUCACUCAAAAUGCGGAGAUCACAGGCAUGUUGGAAGCGGCCGAGAGAACGGAGGAGAGGAAACUGGAGGAGGAACUCCUGGAAGCUGCCCGAGAAGGAGACCUCUCAACUCUCACUCAGCUGCUCAGCAGGACGAAGACCCCCGACAUCAACUGCACGGACCUGCUGGGCAACACGCCGCUGCACUCCGCGGCCUACCGGGGCCAGAGGCAGUGCGCCCUGAAGCUGCUCCGGAGCGGAGCCGGCCCCAACCUCCAGAACAAGAAAGGCCAGACGGCGUUGGACCUGGCUGGCGACACGGCCAUGAAGCUGGUGCUCAAAGGCGACGCUCACCGAGGUACGACCCGCCACGUGAGGAAGUACGAGGGCCUCCUCUGGAAGAGCUCCAGAUUCUUUGGCUGGCGCUCCUACUGGGUCGUCCUCCAAGACGGGGUUCUAUCCUGGUACUCCAAACAGUCGGAUGCAGCAGCCAAUGGGAGAAGGCGAGGCUGCAAGUCGCUCACGCACGCUCAGUGUUUGCUCCGAGCCAAAGACAGCUGCUUCUUUACCCUCAAGUGCUUCGAUGACAGCAUGCAUCACUUCAAAGUGUCGCCCAAAAACGACCCCGAGGCAACGGCAAAGGGCUGGCUGGCCGCGGUGGAGGAGCACUCCGCCUACAGCACCCACUACUGCGCCCACGAGCAAGGCAGCGGGGGGGAGGAGGACGAGGAGGAGGCGGCCAAGGCACUCGGGGAGCUCACGGACUCGCUACAGGAGGCGCAGAACAAGCAGAAGAAGCUGGAGGAGGAGGUGGAAGCUUUCCUGUCCCUGCUGAGGAGCGACGGGCUGGCAGAGAGGUUUCCAUCCACCGUGAUGCAGAAACUACAGGAAAUCGGCGAUCUGUCCGGCGAGAUGAGCUCCGGCCUCGCCGUCUGUCUCGGCCUCCUCUCCAGACGGGAAGCGGUGCGCAGUGUGAAACUGGAUCAGGAGGUGGAGAAGAACCGGAUCCUCUCUGAGGCUCUGCAGACUCUCGCCACCGAGCACCACCAGCUGGAGCAGUCCGUCGUCUCGGGCUCCUCGCCGUCGCCGCGCGGCGCCCUCAGCGAGGAUGAGUUCCACGACGCCGUCUCCGAAUCCGACUCGGAGAUCUCCCUGAGCGGCUUCGAGACGGUGGCCAGCCAUUCCUGUGGGGAGGAGGACGACGACGAAGAGGACGAAGAGGAAGAGGAGGAUUACCACGACCACGACGGCUCCACGAUGUCGUUAAGCACCGCCAGCAUGGAGGAUCACCAUGGCGACGGGGACGAGACUCAACCCAGCGGGAUCCUGAAGCAUAGGACCAGUUUACCUGCUCCAAUGUUCUCCAGGAAUGAUUUCAGUAUCUGGAGCAUCCUGAGGAACUGCAUCGGAAUGGAGCUGUCUAAGAUCACCAUGCCGGUGAUUUUCAACGAGCCGCUGAGCUUCCUGCAGCGCCUGACGGAGUACAUGGAGCACACCCACCUGCUGCACCGCGCCAACGGCUGCCCCGACGCCGCCGAGAGGAUGAAGUACGUGGCGGCGUUCGCCGUGUCCGCCGUGGCGUCGCAGUGGGAGCGGACCGGGAAGCCGUUCAACCCCCUGCUGGGGGAAACCUACGAGCUGGUCAGAGAGGACCUGGGCUUCCGGCUGCUGUCGGAGCAGGUGAGCCACCAUCCGCCGGUCAGCGCCUUCCACGCCGAGGGCCUGGAGCGCGACUUCGUGUUCCACGGGUCCAUCUACCCCAAACUCAAGUUCUUGGGCAAGAGCGUGGAGGCGGAGCCUAAAGGCGUCAUCACGCUGGAGCUGCCCAGGUACAACGAGGCGUACACCUGGACCAACCCCACCUGCUGCGUGCACAACAUCAUCGUGGGCCAGCUGUGGAUCGAGCAGUACGGGAACAUGGAGGUGGUCAACCACAGAACUGGUGAACGUUGUUGCCUGAAUUUCAAACCUUGUGGUCUUUUUGGCAAAGAGCUUCACAAGGUGGAGGGAUUCAUCCUGGACCGCAGCAAGAAGAAGCUGUGCGCGCUCUACGGGAAGUGGACCGAGUGCCUUUACGCCGUGGAGCCGGCCGCCUUCGAGGCGCACAGGAAGCGAAGCGGCAAGGCGGGCGGCGGCGAGGGCCAGGAGGCUCCUCCCCCUGCGACACCAGGAGACACCGUGGAGGUGAUCCCCGGCAGCCGGCUGCUGUGGAGGAUCGCGCCGCGCCCGGCCAACUCCACCGAGAUGUACAGCUUCACAUCCUUCGCGAUGCAACUCAACGAGCUGCGUGGAGAGAUGGAGGCGGAGCUUCCUCAGACAGACUGCAGGCUGAGGCCCGACAUCCGAGCCAUGGAGAACGGAGACAUCGAUCUGGCCAGUGAGGAGAAGAAGAGGCUGGAGGAGAAACAGAGAGCGGCUCGCAAGAACCGGUCCAGAGCCGAUGAAGAGAGGAAGACGAGGAGUCCGGCUGCAGGCCCGAGGUGGUUCCAGCAGGGUCCGAACCCCCACACCAGCACCCAGGACUGGAUCUUCUGCAGCGGCUACUGGGACAGGAAGUACGGCGCGCUGCCGGACAUCUACUGAGGGGGCGGCACCCCGACGCCGCGGGGCCUUCACGCCGCGGGGCCUUCACGCCUACAGGGUUGGAACAUUUUGCAUUUAAAAAAAAAUGAUUUGACUGUGCAUGUGUUUUAAAAUGUAGUGUUUGUAUGUACAGCUGGGGGUGGGGGUCCCGUCUUCUUGUAAAUGUUCAUAAUAACUCUAAAUGUGGUCCUGUAUAUAAACUUCACACGGAUCCAUCCAGUGACCUCUGACCUCACAAAUACAAACGUGAGGCUGACGAGUGGAAGCAAGAAAAAAUAAUUAUUAUAUCACGCAGUAUAUUUUCUACAUCAAUCUUAAACUUAAUUGUUUCUGUGAUUUCAUAAAGCACACGUUGAUUUAUUAUUAUUAUUAUUAUAAUUAUGUCUGUGAAGCUGUUGGUGUGUCACAGACGUACGAGACCGAUUGGGAGGGGUCAAAAUGUCAACAGGUCAAAAGGUCACAUGAUGUAGAAACUUGUAUAUUAUGGCGUUUUUGCCUCCGCGUUGAGUGUUUUUAAUUGAAAAUAAAACACUUCAAUGAC